AUGCUUACUUGCUGGGCUCUGCUCUGCAGUAGCUUUGCCCUGGCGACAGAUGUGGACACGCCGAGCGACGCACAAGUCGCUCCAGAUGUUUGGGAGCCUGAUUUCAGCGAAUACGGCCAACAUCCAAGCCCCGGACCCGCACUUAGAGAGUUCCUUGAGAAGCGUCAGCUUGGGACGGAUCCCCCCGCCAAAGACCUAACGGGACAAACGACUCCUGGAGGUGGGAGGUAUCCGAAGCAGAAUCCGCCGGUCACAGGAUACGGCGGUCAAGUGUGGGAAUGUCCCAAUAGACAAUGGGGAGUUUCGGAGGGUGGUGAAUACAACAAUGUAUGCAGACGAGUCAAGAUCGAGAACGGAAAAUGCUAUCCAUUCCAUUGGAGUGGGGCGUUGAAAACCUUUGUUCCCGAUCGCGACAUCACCUGCCAGCUGUGGAGAUACAAUGAUUGCACCGCCCGCGGUGAUUACUAUACCGACAAGAAAAUGAAGGAAGACUACCUGAUGAACGCCACACAGAUGGCCUUAAUGAGGGGCUUGCCUGUUGGUUAUGUGCCGAGAGUCACUUGGCCCGGCAUCGAGAAUUACAUGGACAACAAGAUGUGUGAAUUCUACCGGAUCAAUAUCGAUUAUGGGACCCCCCAGGGCUUCAAAUGCUUCAAACUAGGCACGGGUGGCCCAGUGGGCCUAGGCACUUAG